AGUGUUUAUGCUCGCCAACAUAAUGUAAAACAUUGUAAACAAUGUUAUCGGUUCACGGUAAAAAUACAAAAGUUAAUAACCGUUUUACCACAAUCGGUGCAGAACAAGCACAAUUAAGCGGAUAAGAAGAGUGUUCUAAAAAUGAGUGCUUUGGAUGUGGAACGAAUAUGCCGGCUAUGCUGCACCAUAAAGUGCCGUAUGCGACCCUUGUUCGAACAACGGCAAGAGUAUCCCCUUUCGUUGCGCCAGAUGAUCUACGCUAUUGCACAGCUAGAGGUCGAUCCCAACGAUGGCAUGCCCCAGAAAAUUUGCUCACUGUGCGUCACCAGCCUGAUGAAGAUGUACAACACUAUCGUGAAUUAUCGGGAAAAUGAUUUGAAGCUAAGGAAGCAAUUUAACCGACCAACCCAAGAGGAUACGGUGCAAGUUGAAGAAAACUACCUUAAACAGGAAGUCGUGGAAGAUGAUGGCUCUGGAUCGAAACCACUGAAACAAGAUGCUGCUGCUGCUGCUGAUGAUGAUGAUGGAAGCAGAUCAACAGAACUAAAUAUCCGUAUAAAAAACGAGCCUCUGGAUGAACACGACGAGGAAAGCCAAGCUACUGUUACAACCCAGAUGGUGACUGUUCAUAAUUGGAAGCCGACUGCUGUUCAAGGAAGGGAACCAAUCCCGAAGCCGAAACGAGGACGACCGCGCAGCAAAGUUGAAGAUCCAAACCGGCCCAAAUUGCACGAUUACAAAUGUUACAUUUGUAAAAGCGAGUCUCACGGGACGGCCGCAGCCCUUUUGGCGCAUCUAAAUAGUGAGCAUAAGGAUCUGCUGCCAUUCACUUGUUCCGAGUGUGUUAUGGAGACGGUGGUCCUAAAAACCCUACUGACUCUGAACGUGCAUCUGCGGCAGCAUUUGAAUCCGGAAAAAUGUCCAUAUUGUGACAAGCGCUAUAUUACCCAAUAUAAAGUCGCUAUCCACAUACAGCAGCAGCAUGGUUCGAUAGAAGAUGACAACGCUCAGUGUCCGACGAAAUGCGAUCACUGUGACGAAGAGUAUCCUUCCAAGGUUUCGCUGAUGCAGCACGUGAAACGCGUGCAUACUGCUCCAGCCCCGGUAAGCUGUGUGGUUUGUGGUGAAGUAUUCCACGGAAGGGCCAAACUACGCUCCCACAUUCAAAGGCAACAUGGUCAGAGUAAAAAGUUUGAGUGCAACAUUUGCCAGAAGAAACUUACUUCGUUGAAAAUUCUACAAUGCCAUUUACAAACGUUUCAUUCGAACUCGAGUCACCAAUUCAAAUGCAGCUACUGCCCGAAAACGUAUAGUACGAAGUCGUCGAAGCGAGCUCACGAAAGGAGACAUACCCGAAACCCGAACUAUAAGGCCAAACAAAAUUGGACGCAGUAUUACACCCCCUUGGAGGGAGAAGAAGGUCUGAAAAAGAAGAAAUGUAAAUGCCACAUCUGUGGGAAGAUUACGAGAAAAAUUACCGAACAUCUACGGAGCAUACAUUUCCCAGUCAAGUUCGGUUGCGAGAUCUGCGGUAAGAGCUUCAAACUGAAGAAUAAUUAUCAGCACCAUCUGACGACGCACGAAUAUGGGAAAAGCCACCAGUGUCCGAUCUGUAAACGGACAUUCGCCAACAAGAGACAACUGGUUCAUCACAAGCGGACGAAACACCGGGAUCAGCCAUUCCGUCGGACCAGGUCGCUGAUCGGGUUGGAGACCGAACAAGGGAACGACGACAAACCGGAGGAACAGAGAUCGUGCAAGGUAGAGGAGGUUGAAGCGGACGCUGAAGUUCGUUGA